UCAUAGUCGAACCCCUUUUUUUAUUCAUAUUUUCUCUUCGAUCCCUAACUCUCUUCCUCUCUCAUUUCUCUCACGCUUCAACCAUCAACUCCCCUGCCGGUCACUGUCGACUUUCACCACCGGCGGCCCCUCCCUCCCUCUUUCCCCCUCUCUUUCUCAGUAGCCCCUGUUCUGUUCAUCUUCUACUACGAACGCGCCGCUGCGCUGCCGUUGCAAAUCUGGCCACCUCCCGCACUGGGUGACAACGCUACAGAACCAGAAAGAAGCAGUUUCAUAUAUGGCCUCAUCAGGACCUCUUCUCAUUGGUGUAAAGAGAGCCUCUGUCAAGUUAUAGUAUCUGAGUUUGUUUUCAUAAUAUUUGUUUAAUGGCAAGAGGAAGGCCCAGGAAAAAUGCCAAAAGAAAAUCUGAGACCCUUGAUAACAACUUAGGCGGUAACCGCAAGGAGCCACAAGUCAAAAAGCAAUAUGAUACAUCAAAUGACCAUGAAGUUGAACGGAGAAUUGCAGCUACCAGGGCUAUUCGUGAUGUGGAGAUUGAACAUCUGCUAACUGGCUUGCGGUUGCUUCGCUCAAAUUUUAAUAAGGAACAGAUGCAAACCCCUGCACUACAAUUUUUCAAGGAAACUUUGCCUAAUCUGUCAGUAGUAAGAAACGAAAAAGGGCAAUUUGAAGUGAGAUGGAAGGAUAAAGAUGGUCAUUUAUCCAUUAGUCAUGCUGAUGAUAGUAAUAUACAUGCAUCUUUUCUACAUCUGAUGUCCAUAGCAUACCCUGCUUGCACCAGUGCAAUGCCAGCACUUGGUGGUUUUGAAUUUUCUAGUAAAUCAGUGAAAACAAGCCUUGUAGGUGCUGCAAACCUGCAGAUCCCUGAUUUGGUUUUGGAGGAACCAUCAGAAACGCAGAUGCUUGGCUUGCAAGAUGCUUUCCAAACUCCUGGAGUCAGCACCCAGAGGCUAUCUGUUGGAAUGACACCUAAAACUCGAAGAUUACCAAAGAAUGGUGAGAUGCUUCUUUCUAUCCAUGGUUCACCCCUUGGAGUCUACAAGGAAGAUAAGAUGGGAGCAAUACAUGAAUCAGAAGAAGGUUGACUACUUCCAACUAUUUGGGUAUGAACCAUGAUCUUGAGAUUUUACAGUGUUUAUCAUCAUGAAGGUGGUAUUGGAGAUCCUCACACCUUUGUACUAACAUUGAUGAUAUGUUACUUUAUCAACUGCACUUCACACCUUUGGAUCAUUUUUAGUUAUUUUAAAGCUUGUUUAGAAACAUCGUUUUCUAAAUUACAUGAAAACUUGUCAGUUAAAAGGCUUUUAUGACUUGAGGCAAUAAGGUGAUAUGGAUCUUUUGUAUCAUAAUUCCUUGGAGUCAACAA